GACAAAGUCAUCAAUCGAAAAAGUUAAAGGUGGUUAGUCGGAGAAAGCUGGUUCUAGUUGAGAUGCUCAAAUGACUCAAAACAGUUAAUUUAAUCACUCACUUAGAAUUCUUGAAGCAAUAUUAUUAUUUUGUCUUCCUUACAUCUAUGGGUUUUUUUUCUCUCUUUCUUCUUAUACUUUCUCUGUUGACAUCACUUGCUGUUUGCCAACUCGAAGAAUUUGUUAGCAUAGAUUGUGGAGGGAAAAGUAAUUACACCGAUAGCAAAACGGGGUUGGCAUGGAAUUCGGACUUUGGAAUCAUGCAACAUGGCAUUUCAGUGGAAGUAGAGAGUCCAAAUGGAGGCAUGGUGCAGUAUCAAAGACGUAGAGACUUUCCCAUUGACAACAAAAAGUACUGUUACACACUAAGCACUGAGGAGAGAAGAAGAUAUCUCGUAAGAGCAACUUUUCAGUAUGGAAGCUUGGACAAUGGAGACACAUACCCUCAAUUUCAGCUUUACUUGGAUGCAACCAAAUGGGCCACAGUGUCAAUAUAUGAUGCCUCUAGAAUAUAUACUAAGGAAAUGAUCGUCAGGGCACCCUCAAAUUCUGUUGAAGUCUGCAUGUGCUGUGCUACAACCGGUUCUCCUUUCAUAUCUACUCUUGAGAUGAGGCCCUUGAAUCUUUCAAUGUAUGCCACAGAUUAUGAAGACAAUUUCUUCUUAGAAGUAGCUGCAAGAAUUAACUUUGGUGCUCCAACUGAAGAUGCUGUCAGGUACCCCGAUGAUCCAUAUGAUAGAAUUUGGGAUUCUGAUCUUAUUAGGAGGCAAAAUUAUCUUGUUGGAGUGGCCCCAGGCACAGAAAGAAUUAGCACAACAAAGAACAUAGAUAUAGAUACAAGAGAAUACCCGCCAGUUAAAGUUAUGCAAAGUGCAGUUGUGGGCACUAAAGGAAUACUCAGCUACAGAUUAAACCUGGAAGAUUUCCCUGCCAAUGCUCGAGCUUAUGCAUAUUUUGCUGAGAUUGAAGAUCUAGGCAAGAAUGAGACUCGAAAAUUCAAAUUACAGCAACCUUAUAUACCUGACUAUAGCAAUGCAGUGGUUAACAUUGCUGAGAAUGCAAAUGGGAGCUACACUCUAUAUGAACCAAGUUACAUGAACGUGACUCUGGAAUUUGUUCUGUCAUUCUCCUUUGUCAAGACCCCAGAUUCUACUCUAGGACCUCUUCUAAAUGCAUUGGAAAUAAGCAAGUAUGUGCAGAUUAAGUCAAAGACAAACAGGCAAGAUUCAAUUGUUGUGAAUGCAUUUCGAUUACUGUCAGCUGAGAGUUUCCAGACAAACGAAGGUGAUCCAUGUGUCCCAACUCCGUGGGAAUGGGUAAAUUGUAGUACUACCUCACCGCCAAGAAUUACAAAAAUAAUGCUUUCAAGAAGGAAUGUGAAGGGUGAAAUCCCUGCUGAACUCAACAACAUGGAAGCAUUGACAGAACUGUGGUUAGAUGGCAACUUGCUUACUGGACCUUUACCUGACAUGAGCAAUCUUAUAAAUUUGAAGAUUGUGCAUUUAGAGAACAAUAAGCUGACUGGUCGACUACCAUCUUACCUGGGUAGUUUGCCAAGCCUACAAGCACUGUUCAUACAGAAUAACUCAUUUAGUGGGGAAAUACCAGCCAGAUUAGUAUCUCAAAAAAUUAUUUUCAGCUAUGAUGGUAAUCCUGGACUAUAUAGAGGAAACACGAAGCAUUUUAAGUUGAUACUGGGAAUUUCAAUUGGAGUAUUAGUGAUUCUAUUAAUAUUAUUCUUGGGAAGUUUGGUGCUAUUGCUUAAUUCGCAGAGAAGGAGAAAGUAUCAGAAACGUAAGGAAAAAGCAGGCACUAACAGUAAACCUUUAACUGCAUACUCACUUGUUCGGGGUGGAAAUUUAAUGGAUGAAGGUACUACUUGCUCUGUUACACUCUUAGAGUUGAAAGAAGCUACUAACAAUUUUUCAAAGAAAAUUGGCAAAGGAAGCUUUGGAUCUGUCUAUUAUGGGAAAAUGAGAGAUGGAAAAGAAGUGGCAGUCAAGAGUAUGACUGAUUCAUGCACCCAUGGGAACCAACAAUUUGUGAAUGAGGUAUCCCUCCUAUCCAGAAUUCAUCACAGAAACUUGGUACCUUUGAUUGGAUACUGUGAAGAGGAAUCUCAACAUAUUCUGGUUUAUGAGUACAUGCACAAUGGCACUUUAAGGGAUCACAUUCACGAAUGUUCCAAGAAGAAGAACUUAGACUGGUUAUCUCGUCUUCGUAUUGCAGAAGAUGCAGCUAAAGGUCUUGAAUACUUACACACAGGAUGCAAUCCUAGUAUCAUUCACCGUGAUGUAAAGACAAGCAACAUUCUCCUAGACAUCAACAUGAGAGCAAAAGUGUCAGACUUUGGACUCUCUAGAUUAGCUGAAGAAGAUUUGACUCAUAUAUCAAGCAUUGCACGAGGAACUGUUGGUUACUUGGAUCCUGAGUACUAUGCAAGUCAGCAAUUGACAGAAAAGAGUGAUGUGUACAGUUUUGGAGUUGUUCUGCUGGAACUGAUAUCUGGAAAAAAGCCCGUGUCAUCAGAAGAGUACAGUGCCGAAAUGAACAUUGUUCUUUGGGCAAGAUCCUUAACUCGAAAAGGGGAUGUGAUGAGCAUCGUUGACCCUUCUCUAGCUGGGAAUGCCAAAACUGAGUCCAUUUGGAGGGUGGUUGAAAUUGCCAUCCAAUGUGUAGAACAACAUGGUGCCUCCAGGCCAAGGAUGCAAGAAAUAAUUUUGACUAUACAAGAUGCUAUCAAGAUUGAAAAAGGUACAGAAAAUAAGCUAAAAUCAUCAUCUUCAGGUCCUAGUAGUUCAAAGCCACAUUCUUCCCGGAAAACAUUACUCACAAGCUUUCUUGAAAUUGAGAGUCCUGACUUGUCAAAUGGUUGUCUCCCAUCAGCAAGAUAAAUUGGACAUACCUUACAUUCCAAGGUUUAUUUUGUUUGUAUACUUACUUUUUUUAACCAUUAUCAUUCUACUAAUAUGUUUAAACCAGUGACAGUGAGACACUGACUUGUGACAACAUACCAAACAUUGGAACCAAUGAAAUUGUAAUCUUCUUCCUCUCCAUAUUUGAUUACUUG